AUGAGCGCAUAUAGCAAGGUUUAUAAUGUGCACAUAGUUAAAGUAGUAGAUGCAGAUGUGUCCAUUGAGGACACAUGUAAUCUCCUUCUGCAAGAAGACAUUCCAUGUCUAGUUUUCCAUACUCUUCUGGAUUCAACUCAGACAGGUCAACCUUAUCUUAGAUUCAUUGACUUUGCACUAACUCCCAUACUGAUCAGAUUACCUCUUUCCCUACAGACCCUUCUCAUUAAUGCUAGCUGCAUUUCACUGCUUGGAGUGUUUGCGAAGGGAAUAGUUAUGUGCACUGUCAUUGCAGAAUGUGCUGACUUUGACGAGAGGCAUUUGCUUCUCUCUAAAAGGCCUGCUAGUGCGCUUCUGCCCUCUCCUCCUUUGCCCACUGCUCCCACUGGAGAUGGCAAGGCAUCAGAAGCUGGCAAUAGUGACUCUGAGGAUACCAAAGCGUUAAGUCUAAAAUGGAAGAUACUACACGGAGAUGAUACUGUGCAUAGCAUCUCUUGCGACAUUGCCACUGUGUGGGAGGUGUCAGUGCCCGACAUUCUGUUGAAUAAUGGGCCGCUGUGGUUGACAUAUGCCUGUGAUAAAUUUGAUGAUGUUGUCUAA